AUGAAUCAACCACAGCGUUGUGUUUCGCCGUGUGAGUGGGGUUACCCGAGGCCCAAUCCUUCUCCUCCGCCAAUCCCUCCUCAAUCGGUAAACCUCCAAAAUCCUAAUACGCAAAAGGUCGGUGAGACCCUGAACGGUCAGAGACUGAUCGAAUUCCGGCUGGGGGCCGAGGCCGAGUCGGAACAGGGUGAAGGGCUGGCGGUGGCGUCGGCCGAGCUGCUAGUGCGCGCGGAGACGUCGCCGCGCGCGCGCCGCCUGCGCUACACGCUGUGGGCCUUCACGGUGAGCGGCAACGAGACGGCCGCCAUCAGCGCGCUGGCGGGCGCGGCGCGGCGCGACCCGGCGCGCGGCUGGCAGCGGCUGGACGUGACGGCGGCGGCGCGGCGCUGGGCGGCGACGGGCGCGCGCCAGCCGCUGCGCCUGCUGCUGGACUGCAGCGGCUGCGGCGGGCGCGUGCGCCUGCGGCUGGGCGGCGGGCAGGCGGCGCGCCCGCUGCUGCGCCUGCGCCUGAAGCCGCCGGCCGUGCGCCGCCGCCGCGCGCUGGACUGCGACGCCGCCGAGCACGGCCGCUGCUGCCGGCAGACCUACUACGUGAGCUUCCGCGCGCUGGGCUGGGACGACUGGAUCGUGGCGCCGGAGGGCUACUACGCCAACUACUGCCGUGGCGCGUGCGCGCCCUUCCUCAACUACCACUCGCAGGUGGUGGAGGCGGCGCGGCUGGAACGCGCCGAGUGCUGCGCGCCCGUGCGCUUCUCUGCGCUGUCGCUCAUCUACUUCGGCGCCGACUCCAACAUCAUCAAGCGCGACCUGCCCGAGAUGGUGGUGGAGGAGUGCGACUGCCCGUAG